CUGUGGCUCCGGGCGGGUGGCAGCUGCCCCCGCACUGCUGCCAUGGCCCGGGCUCAGCUCAGCUCCUGGCUGCUCCUCUGCGUGCUUGCCGCGUCCCACAGGCUGACAGAUGAACAUCCUCACGGCGGCACCAGCACAGCCCGUGGCGGCCCGGAGGACGCUGGCAUCAUGUUAGAGGUGCUCUGGGCAGGGCUGGAUAUUCGGGCCAACGGGACAAUCAGGCUGCGCGAUGAAGAGCUGGCCUCCCUGCGCCCGGCACGGCGGAUCCUGCGGAUUUUGGAGGUGGAAGUUCCCAAAACACCGGCAGAGAUUGAGCAGCAUCUGAGAUAUUAUUCACUGACCGACAGUCCCUUGUCUCCGACAGAGUUUGACCGUCUCCUUUUCACCAGUGUUUACAGUGCCUAUCAGGUUCGCUCCGUGCAGGGUCUGGAUAAAAACCCCUGGAUUGGCUUUUUCUCUCAGCUGGUUGAUGAAAUCUUUCGUGACCUGUGCAAGGGGUUCUGCCCAGCAAAUACCACUCUCCUCCAGGCUUCCUGGCCCUGGAAGGAGAAGCCUUCACAUUUAGCAUCCCUGAAACAUUUCUAUCGCUCUAACCUGGCCAGGACCAAGAGAGACACCUAAUGAGGUGUCCCACUAUAGGAAAGGGCACACCCGGCUUCAGCUGCUUCUUUGGUUAUUUUCAAUGCUUCCCGCAGUGUGCAGGACUCUGUGUAAAUGUGCCACACCUUUCUGUGCCACAGUGCUUUCUGCACUGUGCUGGCAACCCUCUCAGGAUUUAUGCACAAGCUUUUAUUUCUGAAUCAAAAAAGGACAAAACUGUAAAGUGCAUGUCUCCCUUUCCCGAUUCUUUUCCUAAGCAUGCUGUGCUGAAGGGGGCAGUGCUAUUUAGAUGUCUUAUCUAUCUUGAUCACUGAUGCUCAGGAGAGAUGGCUUCGAAGUAUUUUUCCAGGAUAUUAUGCUGGUGUCAUAGCUGACUUCAUUUCAGAUAAUUCAGUUCACUCUCCUUAUAUUCUCCCUGCAGAGACAAAUACAAGACCUUUUCUCCAGUAAGCAGCUAAGCUAAGGGUUUUUUUGUGUUUCAUGAUAUAGGUCACAUAUUUAAUUUCAUUUUUCUCCUCAUGUGGCAUCAUAUUUUAUGCCUCAACAGCAAUUCCCCAUCUCAGGUAUUCAUUUUUCUUUAAAAAGCAACCUGAAAAUGUAUGCGUUCCAUGAAGCUUUCUAGUAUUUGCAUAUCAUAUUUACACAUACACACAGCUUUGUUUCAGUUAUCAUUUUGGAAUAUACUUCCUGAAACUCAUUUAAAUUCUGA